UAAAGAGCGCCAUGGUCCAGAAAACAUUGGCGGUCUGUGGCUUGGAAGCGCCACUCCUUCUGCCAGCUUGGGUCCCUGCCUUUGGCUUCCUGCAAUAAGAAGCCAGUGUCCCCUUCUGGGCCUGAGGGUCCCCUUGGUUUAGUGGCCACAGUCCUGCCAGCAGGCCCCUCCUGGUCCGAUACCAUGCACUAAGUAGAUGUGCAGCUGCAGUCUCCACACCACUGGUCUCUGGGCACCUCCUCUGUGUCUCAGCUGUCCCUGUCCCCAAAGAGCCUCAAACAAGAAGCUGCUUCCAAACUGGGAGGUUCCACAUCUGGGCAGGUCCAGCUCCACAGCCAGUGAAGGGCAUGAAGAAGGCUGAGGCUCUGGACUCCAGCCAGGCCUUCCGCAGGGCUCUGAGGCCAAGGUCUUUCUAGUCUCAGGAGGGGCCAAGAGAUGGAAUGUGACAUUUGAACAAGUGAGUCAGUGGGCGGUGAGCGAAUGUUUGACAGCUCGAGGGGAGGUGUGCUGGCCUCCGGGCCCUGUUUGGCUGUCCAGGCUCAGCUUACCUCACCCGGGGAACCAUGGAAUGCCACGCCUGGCCCUCCUUUUCGUCCCCCUCCCUCACUGUGACGCCACCACCUGCCCCAUUAUGACCCAGUCUGUCUCCCAGUAUACAUAUAUGGAGGCCAGCGGACCCAGGCAGUCCUGGGACCCCCGGCCAUGGCUGAGCAAACCCAUUACCUAGCCGAGGCGUGCUCUGGCACCACACCCGGGAAAUGCCAAGACCUAAGAGACUCAAUUCUUCUGAUCCUGGUCAGCAUCAUGUUGCUCAACGUGUGGAUCAACGUGGUGACUCUGCUCUGGAUGCAUCUGAAGAGAUUCUUGCGGGCAGGUUUCAACCGUAUUUUCCCCAAAGGUAACUUCCUGCACAGGCACCCAAACCACCUUGAAUCCUGGAUACCAGAAACAGAUGAUGAGACGGCUUCUAAGUGCUGCUGGAUGCCGCCGCAGUGUGGACGGGCUCGGGCUUCCACGGAGGCUCCACGGGGACUGUGGAAGGAGGGGUUAGUGGGAGCUGGGGAGGCCCCUCCGUUCACAGCCUUAAAGUCCCAAGCCACUUUUAACUCCAGGUGAGAGACAUCUUCCAAGCUCCGCAGGAUAAGCAAGGUGGACGUGGUUCCACUCUGCCUGCCCCAAGAGAGCAAGACUAAGACCCCAGACUAUGACUCAGCCCGGGCCCAGACCUGCCCCCCAGUUCAGCUCCCUGCACAUUCUCCUGCCAAGGCCCAGACCUUCUCCUACAAGCACCCCUCUGUGCACGCCCCACCUCAGGCCCAGACUUGCUCCACACUCCACCUCCCUGAGCACACUACCCCCCAGGCCCAGACCCCCUCACCAGCCCUCACCCCUGAGCACAGCCCUGCCCAGGUCCAUGGCCCGGAGCAUACCUCAGCCCAUACCCCAGCCCAGGCCCAAGCCCAGGCCCCCUCAUAUGCCUCAGCCCUAUUCCUGGGCCACACUUCUCUCUGCACCCUGACCCAUGCUCAUCUGACCUAUACCCAUGCCAACACUCUGGCCCCUCCCCCAACUUCUGCCCCUGCUACUACUCCUGCCCUAGCCCCUACACCAGCCCCUGUCCCGAUCUCUGCCACAACCUCUGUCCCAGCACUGGUCAUGACCCUGACGACCCCUCCAGUCCCUUCCACCACCCGUACCCCCAUCCUAGAUUCUAUUCUCUCUACCUUGUCUACCUUCGACCAAGGCCUCUCCUCUGGCCAUGUGGUCUACUAUGCCCGCAGCAUAAAGCAGAACUUAUUCCAUGUGUGUCCCCCUCAGAACUCUGGGUACUCCAGAAAUGACUUGGGUACCCUAACCAGGCCCCAAGAGGGGCAUGGUCUGGUGAGCUCUGGUACAGCUGAGCAAACACUGAAGCAAUGUAGUGGGGACAGUGCCAAGCCCUCCACAGGGUCCAUACCGGGUUACGUGGAGUUGGGGACUAUGGAAUGGAAGAUCCCAAAUCAUGCCAAAGACAAAUUUGUACAGUCCAAGACCUUCACUCACUGUAGCUCCCAUCCUUGCCAGUCUGAGAAGAGAAACACGGAUCCCCAGAAUCCAGUCUGCCCCAAAUUCCUGGUGUGCUCCAAGGAUGCUGAACCUUCUCAACCUUGCUUCCGUUCUCCGACCAGUGCCCAGAGCUCACCAUGCACCAUGCCUCCACCAUGCACUCUUUCUCUGCCUCUUGUUCCCAGAUCCUUUGUCCUUCAUCAACACAGCAACCACCAGAAGCCCUCCGCCUUAAUACAAACCCCCACCUUUCCCCCAACCUCCAAGUCUCCUCAGUCUGUCCUCUCUCCCCAGGGCCCCAUCCCUCCCCAGUUAUCCACUACUUCCCAAACCCCAAACCAGCCCCAACCCCCAGAACUUCAUGAGAGUCUAGGUCUCAACCAAUGCUCUGUCCUCCAAAGGACCCCAGGCCUUACCGGAGACACAGGCCUCCUCAAGAACCCAGGCCUUGCUCAAGAUCCAGGCCUCCACGAACUUCGAGGCCUUACCGAAGACCCUUACCUCUGCAAAAAUCCAAGCCUUUCCCAAGACUCUGACCUUCAGAAGAAUCCAGUCAUUACCCAAGAUUCUUGGCCACAGAAGAGUCCAUGCCAUGCCCAAGACUCUGCAGUCAACAAGAGCUCAGUCCUUUGCCAGGAGUCUGAUCUCCAUAAGAGCCCAGGUCUUGUGCAAACCGCUCGUCUCCAUAAGGGCUCAAGCCUUACCCGAGACUCCGGAGACUACAAGAAUCCAGGCCUGUCCCAAGCUUCUGGAGUCUGCAGGAGCCAAGGCCUUACUCAAGAUUCUGACCUCCAUAAGAAUCCUGGCCUUACCCAAGAUGCUGGAAUUUACAGGAGCUCAGAACAUACCCAUGACCCUAACUUCCAUGAGGACUCAGGAAUUAAUCGAGAUCCUGGCCCCCAUAAGGGUCCAGCCCUUACUCAAGACUCUGGCUUAUCCAAGAGACGAGGCCUCCAUAACAACUCAGGCCUUAUCCCAAACCCUGGCCUCCACAAGAACCCUCUAGGAACUGACUCUGUCCAAGUUUUGGGCCCACGUCAGACCCAAAAGUCAUUUAUAUCUGAGACAGUUCCUCGAAAGGAGGAUGCAGGGCAGCACAUACCAUGGACUUCUGUCCCACCCAGUCACAACUCCUGCUCUGCCAAGGCUCAGGGGGCCUACAAUGACCUGCUAACCUCCUCGCAGCGAACAGGCAGACAAGCCUGGGUGUACCACCCGAUACCAUCCCCCCAGCCUGCCAGAACUAUCACCAGAUGUCUACGCCUCCCAAAACCAGCAGGCACCCGGCUAGGGCAUGUGGUCUUUGAUGCCCGCCAGAGACAGCAGACAGGGACAAGUGCGAAGCUCUCUCUAGGGCGUGUGGUCUUUGACGCCCGCCAGAGACAGCAGACAGGGACAAGUGCGAAGCUCUGUCUCCCAGGUGCCUUCAUAGGGCCACAUCCAACUGCCGGAGUCCAGCUCCAGCGAGUCAAGGGAAACCCGAGGGAUAGAUAG